AAAAAGUUGAUAUCUGUUUGUCCAUAAGGUCACCUGAAUUUGUGACUGUGAACUGAUGAAUUAACAAACGUUCAAAUCCAAAAACUUGAGUACACAAACAAUGUGUUGUAAACCAGAUGAUCAUGAAUUUGUAAUUCCGCUGAUUAUUAACAAAGAAUGGGCGACUCUAAAUUAAGCUAGGAUGAAAUAACGCAUACUGUGCAGCAAAUAUUAUCAAAAAGGAUACUAAUUAAAACUCCGCGCAGCAAUAUUGCUCCAGAUGAUGUGAAUUCAUAGACAAUUAAGGUAUUUGAUUGGACAAAGACAAAUGCCAUAUCUACUCGCUCGAUAUUAAAGUGCUGCAGUUUCAAUAUGAGUUCCAUCUAAAACCGAUUAGGAAAACUAUAGGGCUUGAGUACAAUGUGGUGUGAACGGAUUUGAAAGAAAUCACAUGACCAAACAUAUUCUCGAAAAUGUUCACUCAACUUCAACAAACACUCCCCGUGAAUAUCUCUUUGUAUCACGCGAUUCCUCAUUCAUGAUUACCAAACUUUAUUGGUCCCAAAUAACAGCUGUUAAAGACAAGUUUGUCAGGAGAUACAGUUAUAUCAUUCGUGGUGAAUUUGAACGACCUCAUUUCAUAUGUGAGCUUGAGCUGAAGAUGUUGUCUAAGGGGAUAACGAAAACGCCAACACUUGAUCACUCAGGUAAGACAACUCAACCACACAAAAUGUUCAUUAUAUUUGUUGUUAUUUUAUCGAGCAUCGAGCACCCCCACACGAAAGCUUCACAGUGGUACACAGAGUCCCUCAAUAUCGUACAAAAGGACUCCGGAUACGACAUCUGUACAUAGCCGAGGCACUAGCUAUUCGUGACAUAAAACCGGACCUAUGCAUACAAAAACGAUACAUACAUUCUCUAGCCCUACCAUGGCCAGAGUAAAUUUCUAACUAUAAUUUUUCUCCUCUCUUUUAAUAC